UUCUUUCUAAGUCUUCUGUCGCGCCGUCCUCCAUUCCUCUUUCCCUUCACAUACUAAAAGGCAGCGAGAUAUAGGGUUUAGGCUUCCCUCUCGCGACGAUGGCUGCCAGGAGGGAUGGCCCUCUGAUGAGAGGCGCUGCGUCGACGCCUUCUCGCCGCUCCCGGCUUCUCGUGGCCAUCGCCGUUGGCCUUCUCGUGGGCUGCGUCUGCGCCUACCUCUAUCCCGAUGGCCUCUUCCGCUCUUCUUCCUCUUCUCUCCAUCAGACCAUCGCCUCCAUCAAUUCUCUUCAGGAUAAUUCAGUGCAAUGUGAGUCUUCUGAGAGAGUAAAUAUGUUGAAGUCCGAGUUGGCGUCAUUAUCUGACAAGACCGCAGAACUUAAGAAGCAGGUCAGGGAUCUAAAUAUGAAGCUUCAAUUGACUGAACGAAAGAGAGAUCAGGCCCAAGAGCAGUUUCUAUCUUUGGGACCACAGGGCAAAGCAGGACCUUUUGGCACUGUCAAAGGUCUAAGGACAAAUCCAACAGUACUUCCUGAUGAAUCUGUAAACCCAAGGUUGGCAAAGAUACUGGAAGAUAUUGCUGUUCAGAAAGAGCUUAUAGUUGCACUAGCCAAUUCCAAUGUAAAAGAAAUGUUGGAGGUCUGGUUUGAAAAUAUCAAAAGAGUGGGCAUUCGUAAUUACCUAGUUGUAGCACUAGAUGAUAGCAUUGAGCAAUUCUGCAAAUCAAAAGAUGUUCCUGUUUACCGAAGAAAUCCUGAUCAAGAUGUUGAUUCCAUUGGAAAGUUGGGAGGGAAUCAUGCUGUCUCGGGCUUGAAGUUCCGCAUACUGAGAGAGUUUUUGCAGCUUGGUUACAGUGUUCUUCUCUCAGAUGUUGACAUAGUCUAUUUACAAAACCCAUUUGGUCAUCUUUUCAGGGAUUCUGAUGUAGAAUCCAUGAGUGAUGGUCACAAUAACAUGACAGCUUAUGGUUAUAAUGAUGUCUUCGACGAGCCUUCAAUGGGGUGGGCAAGGUAUGCUCAUACAAUGAGGAUUUGGGUUUACAAUUCCGGUUUUUUCUAUAUUAGACCCACAAGUCCGUCAAUUGAACUUUUGGAUCGAGUCGCAACUCGCCUCUCUACUCAGAAAAAUGUAUGGGACCAAGCGGUUUUCAAUGAGGAGCUGUUUUUCCCCUCGCAUCCCGGCUAUGACGGCCUUCAUGCUUCUAAAAGAACCAUGGACAUGUAUCUCUUUAUGAAUAGCAAGGUUCUUUUCAAGACAGUGAGAAAAGAUGCUAAUCUUCGCAAGUUGAAGCCGGUAAUCGUCCAUGUUAAUUACCAUCCUGAUAAGCUCCCAAGAAUGAAAGCUGUUGUUGAAUUCUAUGUCAAUGGAAAGCAAACUGCACUUGAUCCUUUCCCUGAUGGUUCAGAAUGGUAGUUAUCAGUUUCUACUGAACAUUUGCAGUAGAAUAUGUUUGCCAGCUUAUUAAUUUGUAUAAACUACUUGUUGAUGAACUUCUUAUUAGAUUGGCAAUCUGGUGUAACAGGCAAGCAAAAUAUUCAUACAAAUCACUGGAAACUAGAGGAAAAAUUUACAUCUUGGCGAACUUCUUUUAUUGGAAAAAAGCUUCCAUGCAAACUUGGUGAACUUUUA